UCAGCAGCCACAAAUACCAAUCUCUGUCAUUUGCUGACAGUAACGCUUCCUCUUCACCUCUAGCGAGCUCCCUCUUCUCGGCCUUGGAUUUUCGUCGGCACAACUAAUGGCUGCCGCGACGGCGUUCUCCGGUACUCUUUCCAGCCAUACGCCGUCUUUAAUUUCUCUUGAUUUUGAUUCCUCUGUCUUUAAGAAGGAGAAGAUCUCCCUCGCUGGUCAUGACGAGUACAUUGUGAGAGGAGGUAGGGAUUUAUUCUACUUGCUGCCAGAUGCAUUCAAGGGAAUCAAGCAGAUUGGCGUUAUUGGUUGGGGGUCUCAGGGUCCUGCCCAAGCUCAGAAUUUAAGGGAUUCCCUAACGGAUGCCAAGUCUGAUAUUGUAGUGAAGAUCGGACUUAGGAAGGGGUCUCAUUCAUUCGCUGAAGCUCGUGCUGCUGGUUUUACUGAAGAGAAUGGGACGCUAGGUGAUAUAUGGGAAACUAUUUCAGGCAGUGACCUUGUCAUGUUACUGAUAUCUGAUUCUGCACAGGCUGAUAACUAUGAGAAAAUUUUCUCCCAUAUGAAGCCAAACAGCAUACUUGGGCUUUCCCAUGGAUUUCUUCUUGGACAUUUGCAGUCAAUGGGACUUGACUUCCCAAAAAACAUUAGUGUGGUUGCUGUUUGUCCCAAGGGAAUGGGUCCAUCUGUAAGGAGACUUUAUGUUCAAGGCAAAGAGGUCAAUGGUGCAGGAAUAAAUUCUAGUUUUGCAGUCCACCAGGAUGUUGAUGGUAGGGCCACAGAUAUUGCCUUGGGAUGGUCAGUAGCCCUUGGUUCUCCUUUCACUUUUGCCACUACACUGGAGCAAGAGUACAAAAGUGACAUCUUUGGGGAGCGUGGCAUUUUACUGGGUGCUGUACAUGGAAUUGUUGAGUCCUUGUUUAGACGAUACACUGAAAAUGGAAUGAGUGAAGAGGAAGCUUACAAGAACACUGUUGAGUGCAUAACAGGAAUUAUAUCAAAGACCAUUUCAACCAAGGGUAUGUUGGCUGUAUAUAAUUCCUUGUCUGAAGAAGGUAAAAAGGAAUUUGAGAUUGCAUAUGGUGCUUCAUAUUAUCCCUGCAUGGAUAUCUUGUAUGAGUGCUAUGAAGAUGUUGCUUGUGGAAAUGAGAUACGCAGCGUUGUCCUUGCCGGCCGUCGCAUUUAUGAAAAAGAUGGGCUACCAGCCUUCCCAAUGGGUAAAAUUGAUCAAACACGCAUGUGGAAGGUUGGCGAGCGAGUCCGAUCAGUUAGACAAGCAGGGGACUUAGGUCCAUUAUACCCUUUCACUGCAGGAGUCUACGUGGCAUUGAUGAUGGCACAGAUUGAAAUCUUAAGGAAGAAAGGGCACUCAUAUUCUGAGAUCAUCAAUGAAAGUGUGAUUGAAUCCGUGGAUUCUUUAAAUCCAUUUAUGCACGCUCGUGGAGUUUCUUUCAUGGUAGACAACUGCUCAACAACAGCAAGAUUGGGAUCCAGGAAAUGGGCCCCUCGUUUUGAUUAUAUCCUUACCCAACAAGCUUUGGUAGCUGUGGACAAUGACAGUCCUGUGAAUCGCGAUCUCAUUAGCAACUUCCUAUCAGAUCCGGUGCAUGGAGCCAUUGAAGUUUGUGCUCAACUGAGACCUACAGUAGACAUUUCAGUGCCACCAGAUGCUGACUUUGUGAGACCUGAGUUGCGCCAAUCUACCAAUUGAGAUCUAAAGGUGAAUUUCUAGUUUGAAUCGGCUACGAGAAAUCGCUACACAUAUAAGCUGAGGACGAAGCUUUUCCUGGAUUGUAAGCAUGCUCUAGUUUUUAUCAACUUAAAUAUUUUGUGUUGUAUGUAGUAUUAUGAUCGUUCUCUUUUUUUCCUUUUUGUUUUUUUUCCUCCUUUUGUGUGUAUGGACAGGGCUUUUAUUCUUGUAUUGGUAACGUUGGCAGUAGAAUUUUAGCCUAGUAGGAAAACUCGCAUUGCUAUAAGAUACAGAAAUUAGUUAAUACAAUGGUUACAUAUACAAAUUACAAUGGUUA